CAUUGUUAACUCAACCUUAAAACGAUCCUAUUUAUGGUCACAUAUAGUGCCAUUAAGGUUAUGUAUUAAUAUGAGACUUCUACAAUUUCAGGAAGCAAAUGAUUAUUUUAUUAAUAAUGAAUACUCAAAAUUUCUUUUAAGAGUUGGUGAAGGCUGUGAAACAUUCGAUGGCUCCAGGGAUAAAAUAAAAAUUCCUCAAGAUUGUUGUAUAGCUUCCAAUGAUAUCGAGGAUCUUAUUGCUUUUGUUUACGAUAUAGACAAAGACAAUUCAUCAUUUAACCGAACAUCAUUUGCUCAAAAUGCAAUCCUGACCCCUAAAAACGUAGAUGUCGAUUCUAUAAAUAUUAAAUUGAUUAACAAAAUUCCGGGAGAUAUAAUUACAUACAUAAGUGCUGAUGAAACCAUAACCGAGGAUGAAGCGACGUUUUAUCCCACUGAAUUUUUAAACUCUUUAAGUAUAUCAGGAUUACCACCUCACAAACUUUUACUCAAAGUCGGGGUACCUAUAAUAUUAAUGCGUAACUUAAAUUCUACUUCUGGUUUGAAUAAUGGGACUAAAUUGAUUAUAACUUCUUUGCUACCAAAUAUAAUUGAGGCGGAAUUUGUUUCUGGUAGUUUUCUCAGUACUAAAGUUCUCAUUCCUAGAAUAAGUUUAAUUCCUACAGAUUCUGGCUUGCCAUUUUCCUUUAAGCGCCGCCAAUUUCCCGUGAGACCUGCUUUUGUCAUGACAAUUAAUAAAGCUCAGGGACAAACGUUGAACAAAGUUGGCAUCUAUUUACCUCAUCCUGUUUUUUCACAUGGACAGCUAUAUGUGGCUAUGUCUCGAGUUUGUUCUCCUCAUAAAUUAAAGAUUAUAACCAAUGAUAAAACAAAGACUACUACCAAUGUGGUAUAUCAUGAGGUUAUAUCCGAUUAAUCCCGGUUUAUACGAAUAAGAAUGAACAUUACUUACAUCCUUUUGUCAGGCCGCUCAAUAUGCCCUUUUAUCUCUGAUGAAUAUUUUGUCUAAUUGAAAAUUAUAUCAAAGAUCCUACUUUUUUAAAAGCUUACCAUUUUGUCGGAUCCACCAUUGCUCUAUUAUCCCUGC